CUUAUUUUAAUGGAUAACUAUUUGUGCUCGUAUCCGUACCUAUUUUACGGGUUUUUAUCCUAUCUGUUGAGGACAUUUUUUGCUGCUACCCAUAGGAUAUGGGCCAAAUUGUCAUCCUUAGGUAUUGCGUCUAUGACUUCUCUCACUUAUAAAUUCUUCAACAUUCUCUUUUUCAAUCAAUGUGGGAAUCAUUACUCACAUGUGACAUACCAAAAUCUUACUACUCAAACAUCAAGUCAUAUAUUCUUUUCUUUAUUUAACUUGGAUUCUUUAAGGUUUUGGGUUAAUAUUAUUUCCUUGAGCCCUCCACUUCUUCACGUUGAACUAGGGUUUGAGCGAUCGCUCCUUCGGCAAGAACUUAUCGAUCAUCCCUUGUCACCUUCAUCUACUUCAACGCCAUCCAAAUUGGGUUAA